AUGGGAAAUCCAAUGGCAAAGAAUCUUGUGAAACAUGGGUAUCCUGUUGUUGCGUAUGAUGUUUUUCCAGAGGCCUGCAAAGAAUUUCAAGAUACUGGUGCCCAGGUAUGCAUCUUACAUACUUUUAUUUUUCUAAACCUAAUAAUAUGGUACUAUUAG